CAGCAGGCCAGUUGCUGCAUGCUAGGAGCUUGAUCAGCUUCGAUUAGAGUGUAAACAAUACGAAGACGAUACAAAUUUGCGUGCGAGCCGUUGUCGGACGGGCGAGCCGCCUUGAUCAAAACUAAAGCAACUUGAAUACCCCGAGAUGGCAGAGCAGACGUGCGACAAUGGAGCCACUGCCACGGAAACGGUCCUAGAGACGGAAACGGACGGACAGCCGCCCAGGUACUGCUAAAAGGUAUACAACAACAACCCUGUGGCGCAGUUAAAAUGUUGAAUAAAUCGACCUUGCUGCUGAUGCGACGCUACCUAGCUCGCAGAUGCUUCAGCACCCAGCAAUUCGUCGGACCUUUGGAAGGCAUCAAGGUCAUGGACCUGACCAGGAUCGUUGCCGGACCUUUCUGUACCAUGAUUCUCGGCGAUCUGGGCGCCGAGGUGAUCAAGGUCGAGCACCCCAAUGGUGGCGACGAGUGCAGGAAGUGGGGCCCGCCCUUCAUAGGUGGUGAGGCGUGUUAUUUUUUCCCUGUCAAUCGGAACAAGAAGAGUGUCUGCAUCAACUUCAAGUCUGCAGCAGGCAUCCAGGUAGCCAGAGACCUGGCCGCCAAGUGCGACGUCCUAAUGGAGAACUUUGUCCCUGGUAAACUCGACUCCCUCGGCCUCGGCUACGAAGCCCUUAAGGCUGAAAAUCCAGGUCUUAUUUACGCCUCCUUGACCGGGUACGGCCCAACCGGACCUUACGCCAACAGACCUGGCUACGACGUGAUCGCAGCAUCGGAAGGCGGGCUCUUGGGCAUCACCGGACCCCAGGGCGGCGACCCUUGCAAAGUUGGGGUGGCCAUGACGGACCUGGCCACGGGUCUCUACGCACACGGAGCCAUCCUGGCUGCCCUUCUGCAGCGGAACUCAACCGGGAGGGGACAGAAGAUCGACAUCAACCUGCUGUCGACUCAGGUGGCUUGCCUCAUCAACAUAGGCUCCAACUACCUGAACGCAGGAGUUGAGCCGGCUCGGCUUGGCACGGCACACGCCAGUCUCGUUCCUUACGAGAGUCUGCAGACCAAAGAAGGGGCGUACAUCACCAUCUGCUGCGGCAGUAACCAGCAGUUUGAAGACUUUUGCCAGCGGAUCGGGUUGCCACAGCUUAGCGCCGAUCCGAAAUUCGAAAACAACGCGCAGAGAGUGGUCCACAGAGAGGAACUGCUGCGAAAAAUCAGGGACAAGUUCUUGGAACACGACUCCGAUUUUUGGCUCGAGAAACUGCGCGGUGGAUCCAGUCCCUAUGGGAGGGUCAAUAGUUUACAGCAGGUCUUUGAGGACAGGCAUAUCCAAGAAAUUGGUUUGGUGGAAGAGGUUGACCAUCCGAAAUCUGGAAAAAUAAAAAUAGUUGGCCCCCCUGUGAAAUUCAGCGAGGCGAGGAACGACGUGCGGAUGCCUCCUCCAGUUCUUGGAGAGCACACUGAGCAAGUGCUGCGAGAAACUUUGGGAUACUCUUCGGAAAAAGUUUCUGAAUUGUUAAAGUGCAGCGCUGUUGCCUAAUUAUUGAUUUUCUUAAAAUAUGGUUUUGAAAUUGUGACUAUAAAUUCAAAGUAGUGUUUACUGUGGAUCAGCAGAGCAACUAUUUAAGAAUUUAAAAAUUAGUGCUCACAACAUAUUAUAUAUCAGCAUUUGUUUUAAUAUAUUUUACAAUCAAUUAAUUGAUGGCUGAAAUUCUCUAUCAUGUAGUUUAUUAAAUCUUUAAUUAUUAUCA